AUGGACCCGCCGAACCUGGGCGCGCUUGACCUCUCCGACUCGGACACGGACGCGUUGUUUGACACGCCUGCGGCACGCAAGACCAAGAAGCAGACAAAAGAUGCGGACAAUGAUGCAGCAAAGACACGGUCAAAGGAGUCGCAUUACACGACAGAAGAGGCGCGCGAAGCAGCAUUGCGCAGGGAGUUGGAGAGCAUACGAAACGUCAACAAGGUCAUCGAGGGCGUGGUAGAAAGCCUGCAGAAGGCCAAGGACAACAUGGCUACUGUAUCACGCACCGUCCAGAAUGCGUCUACCUUGCUCCAAACAUGGACGCGCAUACUUUCCCAAACAGAACAUAACCAGCGUCUAAUCUUGAACCCGCAAUGGCAGGGUGCGUCGCAAGAUUUGGUUGACAUCGAGGAGGAAGAGGUACACCGCCAGCAGGCUGCACAACGUCGGGCGGCAGACGAGCAGGCGCGGAGAGAAGCUGCGGCUAGGAAGAUAGAAGAGGAUCGCAGAAAGGCUGAGGCGGCUCCCAGGGCAGGUACUCGAGGCAGAGGCAGGGGCGUCCGGCCACGCGGUGCUUCGACAUCGUCCACAGGGAACUAUACCGGCGUAGGCGGACAGACCGGACGUGGUAUCAGUCGCAGCGACUCACGAGGUCGAGCAGGCAGCGGCAUUGGACGAGGGCUUCCGCGGGGACGAGGUAGAGGCUUGGGUUGA